AUAUGCAGCCAGCAUGGGGACAGACAAUGACUAAAGAAACAAUGCACAGCUUUUCUCAUACAUUCCUAUGGUUCUCCAUCUUUAUAGGGCCACACUUGUGCCAAGAAGACUCCAUGGAAAAGCAGAGACUGAAGCAAGACCUGCUGAUUGCCGUGAUGUGUGUAUUCUUGGUGCUCCUGAUUUUGCUCAUUGUUGGCUGCACUGUUCUUCACUACAAGCUGAUGACAGACGACAUCACCCUGAGGAAGGAGGUGAAGUCUUUUGCUAUCCAGACACACUGCAUGGAAACGAAGUUUGUCCUGUCUCCUUCCCCAGCAGAGGCACUAGAAUCAUCUCAGCGGAUGCCAUGCCUGCCACCAUGCCAGGCACUAUGCCUGCCACCAUGCCAGGCACCAACAUCCCAGGGAAUGUCCCAGCCACCAUGCCAACCGCCAUCUCCACCACCAUCCCAGCCACCGACCAAGCCACUGACCCGGCAGCGAUCCCAUCCAAGAUCCCCACCCCCUGCGGCACACUUGCCUAAGCCGUCAAAAGCUUCACCCUCAAAACAGAAGAAGGCAGGCUCCAGGUCAAUCAGCCACAUUUACAGGAGCAAUUCCUCCGAAAGCAUUCACUCCGAUGAGUCUGGAAGCAUUUACUCCAUGGAACAUUUCCAGUGCCUCUACGGCUCCUCCAGGAGUGGAUCCGUGGAAUCUCUGGAGGGCAAAGGAUCCCAGGGCGAAGGAAGUGGUGGAAGCAACGAUUCUGGGAGCAUCAUGCUGUGCGCCAUCCGUGAGAUGUGAUGGCUGAGAUGAUGCCAGUUCCAAGGAUGGUUGGUAUCACGCCUUUGCUGAACGACUCAGUGUCUUUCUUUCAAGGAGAUGCUUGAGCAUCUGUGUCACAGCGUGCCGAGUCAGAACACCCCAAAAUCAAUGGAUUGCAUCACCCUCUAUUCCAACCCAUAAUCCACAACCUCAGCCCCCAGCCCCAGCCCUCCCAAGGAUCAAAAUGAACUGGAGGUGAACUUCCUGUCAGUUUGAUUUGUUGUUGUUUAUAAAACUUUUUAUAAAAAAGUUAACUAAUCAUAGCAAGAACAAAAUUCCCCACAAAAUGAACAAAAACAGGGACUGAUCUCUGUGACUCGAAAUGAAAACAAAACAAAACCUAGAUUGAUGAUCUGGUAAAAUAAAUGACAUUGGAGGGAUUUUAAAAAAUGAAAUAAAAGAGGGAAGGAAAAAUA